GUUAAGUACAAGUAAACAUUACAAAAAUGAGCUCUACAGAAAAAUUUUGUUUUUUCUGCAAAAAAAAGGUAGUUCAUGCUGUAAUGUGCAGUAUUUGUAAGGGAAAUUAUUUUCACGAGAGUUGUGCAGAAAAAUCUGGAGCAAUGAAAGGAAAUACAAUCAAAUGUGGUCAAUGUGCAAAAAGUGAGGUUAAGUCGGAUGAAGUCGAUUUUUCUUCAAACAAAUCAAAGGAAAUCUCAGAGUUUCAAAAGUUAUUUCAGAAAAUGGAAGAAUCUAUGGAAUUCCUGAGCAGCAAAUUUGAUACUCUUACAGUGGAAAAUCAAAAUGCAUUACGGGAAUUGCGAGAUAUGAAAAGAGAAAAUAUCCAAUUAAAAACCAAAGUUAGCCAGCUGGAAAAAAGAAUCUGUGAACUAGAAAUCAAAGAAUUUUCCUGUAACCUAGAGAUUCACGGAACUCAAAUCAAAAAUGAAGAUCCCAAAGAAGUUCUAAUGGAAAUUGCUAAUGAUCUUUUAUCAUGUAAUUUUAAUAGUCAAGAUGUGUCAGACUGCUUCAAACAAGAAACCAAAAAUGGAGCAAUAAUUGUUGCAAAGAUGAGAUCACGUGAUAUAAAAACUAAGUUUAUCAAAGCACGAAAAAAUCGUAAAAUGGAAUCUAAUAUGCUGAGUUGCAACAAAAACAAAGAGAAUACCUCAAAGAUCUAUAUAAACGAGCAGCUCACCUUUACAAACAGAAACUUGUUUAACAUUGCAUACAAAUUAAAAAAGGAAAGGAAAUACAAAUACUGUUGGACAAAAAAUGGUAGGGUAUAUGUAAAAAAAUCUGAUGAUUCUGAGCCAAUUUACAUUCACAAUGAGGAUAUUAUCAAAACUCUUUAAUAUUAUUUGUGUGAACAUUAUAGUAAAAUGGAAAAUACGUUAGUAAAAUGGAUAAUGAUUGUAAAUUGCAAAUAAAAUUUAAACUGGAUAAAGUACAGUGUGAUAAUAGUACUGAGUUUAACAUACUCUACCUGAAUGCUCAGUCUUUGAGAAAUAAGAUAUUGAACUUUGAAACGUUAGUUGUUAAGUUAAAUAUGCCAGAUUUAAUUGUAGUGGCCGAACAUUGGCUGAGAGUGGGUGAAGAAACAUAUUUUAAUGUGAAUGGUUAUAGUUCAGUUUUUGUUUGUAGGGAUAAAGAAGGUGGUGGUGUAGGGUUAUUUGUUAAAAGCUGUUACGAGUACUCAGAAGUCUACAGAUAUAAUAAAAAGUGUUCAAUGUUAUUUUUACAGAUCGAUAGAAGUAUUAUAGUGGGUGGAGUAUAUCGACCUCAAGAUUUCUACUGCAAUGAACUUUUUGAUGCACUGGAUACAGCACUAAACAUAUUUGUGAAUAAAAAAAUUCCAGUUUGGAUACUAGGUGACUUUAACAUAGACCUUAUUCAAGAGAGUAUCCCACAAAAAUUAGUUUGUCAAACAAUUGUGUCCAACGGUUUUAGUAUAUUAAAUAAAACUAACCCUACCAGAAUCACCAAUCAUUCGGCUACAUGUAUUGAUUAUGUGAUGACAAACACUUUAAACUUUGAUGCAACGUUAUAUAUAGUAGAUGAAGGUUUCGGUGAUCAUCAACUGCAGCUAUUAAAGAUCACAGAAUUCAUAAAGAAUUGUCAGGAUCCAGAAAGUGGUGGAAUUAGUGCCUGCCUAUACCACGAUCCCCAUAUUUUACAUACACUUAGUGCUGUUCAAAUUCUCUGCAUCUACAAUAAAUUAGAGGCAAUAAACGUAGAGGGUGUUGUUAAAUAUAUCGCAAGCCUUCAGUUACCCGAUGGUAGUUUUACAGGAGAUAAAUGGGGUGAAGUUGAUACUAGGUUCUCAUUUUGUGCAGUUAUGACAUUAUCGUUGCUUAAUAAAAUGGAUGCAAUUGAUGUAAAUAAAGCCGUGGACUUUGUUUUACAAUGUAAAAACUUUGAUGGGGGUUUCGGAUCUAGGCCACUUUCUGAAAGUCAUGCAGGGUUAAUGUAUUGCUGUGUUGGCUUUUUAUCUAUCACAAAUAGGUUAGAUGCCAUUGAUAGAGACACCCUUGCUUGGUGGUUAUGUGAAAGACAACUACCAUCUGGAGGUUUAAAUGGUAGACCAGAAAAAUUACCUGAUGUAUGUUACUCAUGGUGGGUGUUAUCAUCAUUAACCAUGUUGGGCAGGCUUCAUUGGAUUGAUGCGAAUGCUUUAAAAAACUUUAUUUUGGCUUGUCAAGACACAGAGACUGGAGGAUUUGCAGAUAGGCCCGGUGAUAUCGCAGAUCCUUUUCAUACCAUAUUUGGUUUAGCAGCAUUGUCCCUUUUGGGACAUGAUUCUGUAAAGAAGGUUAAUCCUACUUACUGUAUGCCACAAGAAGUCAUUGAUAGAUUACAGUUAAAACCUCAGAGGUUAGAGCAAUAAGAUAUAUAUUGUAUUAAACGCUGCCUUAACAUUAAUAAGUAUUAAUUGGGAAUUACUCCCAUAUUUCAAUAUUCCCAAUAUUAUAUUGGGAUAUACUUCACAGCUCCCCACAAAAUAGGUCAUUUUGAUGUCUCGAAUUUCCUAAGCUUGCUGUCUGAUUUAAGUGAUUUUUUUAAUAUGUUAUAGCCUUAUUGUUUAACAAUAUCGCUGUAAUAAUAUCGUUGCUACAUAGGUAAAUUGUCAUUUUAUAUCGGGUGUACCAAUCAAACUGUAUCGUUUCCCAAAGUUCACAACACCCUGUGGAAUAUUCUAGCAUUUAUAAAAUACUGAAAUUAAAAUCCAACUAUAGUCUCAGGUUUUCUUAACAUUCUGUUUGAUUUAUUUGCUUAUGUUGGAUAAUAAAAAAGUUAGGUAUUUUAACAACUAGCCAUGUUCUUCAUCAAUACAGGGUGUUUCUAAAGAAGUGCGACAAACUUUAACGUGCAAUUCUGCAUGAAAAAAUUGUGAACGUUUGCUUUAUAAACCUAUGUCCGCAAAUGCUUCGUUUCCGCGAUACAUGAUGUUGAAUUUUUUCUUACAUACUGACGAUUUAUUUAUUGCUCUAAAACCGGUCGAGAUAUGUAAAUGAAAUUUGGUAGGUUUUAGGAGGUAGUUAUUGCGCAUUUUUGGCAUACUAUUAAGAACUUUAUAUUCACCAUUGGCGUGCAAUAUGACCCGUAUGUACGCCAAAAAAUGCGCAAUAACUACCUCUUAAAACCUACCAUGGCUGUAUAAAAUAUUAUGUUUGUGGAAAUUUUAAAUGAUCACAUGAUUACAACGCAUGCAGUAUUUAAGAUAAUGGUAAAGUGGCAUUUAAUAAUAUAUUAAAAAGAAGAGUGAUUUUUUUAAGAUUAUCAAUAGUUUUCUUUUUAAAGUGUUAAAAUACCAAAUAUACUUUUAUAUAAUUAUUUCGAUUAUCAAGUUUAGUGAAUAUACAUAUUUAAUAUACUGAAUUAUUGUGUA